GAUCGUUAUUAUAGGAGUCCAGUUUUCCAAAACAAUAAUAUCCUCUCUGAAAAAUUCAUUAUUUUUGUUAAAUUUUUUCUGAAUAUUUUUUGCUGUUUGAAAUUCCUUCCAAUUCUAUUUGGAAGAGAAUUUCAAUCAAACCAUAUAUCUCCACUGUUCUCUUUCUCUACAAACCCUAAUUUCAAUUUUAUACAAAGUUUGAAUCUUUUACAGAGUUUGAAAGAAAGCUCAGUUUUUCUUUUAUUGGGUAUUUAUUUGUUUUCCUUUUAAGGCUACUUUGAAAAAGAUAGUGAUUUAUUUUUCUUUUUUAAGGGUAAUUUUCAAUAAAAGAUUUAAAAAGGAACAAUUUUGUUUCUUUUCUGGGUUUUUUCAAUUAAGGGUAAUUUCAAGAAGGUAUAAAGGAAGGACCUUGGUAAUAUUUUGGUGAGGAUUUUGUAUUUUUGAGAUGGUGGGUAGUGUGAAUAUUGAUCCACAGGGGAAGGGAGGAUAUGUCUCAGAUGAAGUUUUGGGAACAUUUUUACCAAUAGUUGUGUAUUGGGUAUAUUCAGGAUUGUAUUUAAUGCUUGGGAAUAUGGAUAAUUAUAGGUUGCAUUCUAAGAAAGAUGAGGAUGAGAAGAAUUUGGUGUCAAAAAAAGAGGUUGUUAAAGGUGUUCUUCUCCAACAGAUUGUUCAAGCUGCUGUUGCUACCGUUCUCUUUGCGGUCACAGGAGAUGAUGGUGAAUCUGGUGGAGAUCAACACACUUCAAUCUUUGUUCUUGGCAGACAGUUAUUUGUUGCCAUGUUGAUGUUAGAUACUUGGCAAUAUUUUAUGCAUCGGUACAUGCACCAAAACAAGUUCUUGUACAAACAUAUCCAUGCUCAACAUCACCGGCUAAUUGUUCCUUAUGCAUUUGGAGCUUUGUACAACCACCCUUUGGAGGGUCUGAUUCUUGACACAAUCGGCGGGGCUCUAGCUUUCCUUGUCUCUGGCAUGUCCCCACGUACCUCCAUCUUCUUUUUCUCAUUUGCUACGAUCAAGACUGUUGAUGAUCACUGCGGACUAUGGUUGCCCGGAAAUCUUUUCCAUAUCUUCUUUAAAAACAACUCCGCUUACCAUGAUAUCCAUCACCAGCUUUAUGGGACCAAGUAUAACUAUUCACAGCCUUUCUUUGUGACGUGGGAUAGGAUACUUGGUACUUACAUGCCAUAUGAACUUGAGAGAAGACCGGAAGGAGGGUUUGAAGCUAAGCCUGUUAAAGAUUGCAAGGAACAUUGA